AAAAAGUAUCCGGCAAUGUUCGAAUGACCACAUCGGUGUGUCUGCUUCAGAAAUCAAAACAAAAAAUCUUAACUUAGUUAUAGUUGCUUAUACAUACACGUUAUUUAAACAUGGCUAAUGUUCAGAUCUUACCGAACGUAAAGCAUGUUUUCCUAGUUCUUUCUGGGAAAGGGGGAGUUGGAAAAUCAACAGUCAGCACCCAGUUGGCCUUAACCCUUCAAAACUGUGGUUUCAAAGUUGGAUUGCUAGAUAUUGAUUUGUGUGGGCCUAGCAUACCCCGAAUGCUGGGACUAGAAAACAGUGCUGUUCAUCAAUGUGCACAAGGAUGGGUUCCAGUUUACACGUCUCCCGAACAGACUUUGGGAGUAAUGUCUGUUGGGUUUUUACUUGAAAAUAAAGAUGACCCUGUUGUCUGGAGGGGACCAAAAAAGACAGCAAUGAUCAAGCAAUUUCUCACUGAUGUAUACUGGCAAGACUUGGAUUACCUCAUUAUUGAUACUCCUCCUGGAACGUCAGAUGAACACAUUUCUGUUUUGGAAAAUCUAAAGACCGUGAAAUGUGAUGGUGCUAUCUUGGUAACCACUCCUCAAGCAGUUGCUGUCGGAGAUGUUCGCAGAGAGUUAACUUUCUGUAAAAAAACAGGACUGAAUGUUAUUGGAAUUUUGGAAAAUAUGUGCGGUUAUGUUUGCCCACAUUGUUCAGAAUGCACAAAUAUUUUUUCCUAUGGCGGAGGCGAGUCUCUUGCUGAGAUGGGUAAAGUUCCUUUUCUUGGGAGGAUUCCGAUUGACCCGAAAUUAACCAAAGCGACAGAAAAUGGGGAAAAUUUCAUUACUGCUUUUCAAGAUUCUGUAGCAGCUCAAGCUUUCAUUACCAUAGUAAAAAAAUAUAUGAUUCCACAAGAAGAAAGUAUGGACGUAUCCGAGAACCAAUAGAUGUUUAAUUAAACUCUUUACUGUUCUGUAUUUUUCAGUUAAUAAAAUAAAUUUUUUAUCGCA